GAAGUGCCGGGGAGCGCUGUGUUCUCUACUAAUCUGACAGUUGCAUUUAUUUUUUCAGAGCAGAUAUUUCUCACUGGAUUUGUGGUUAUAGCGCCGUCGUUUACGUCGAGUAAUGGCAGCUCUAAAAUACGCAGGCAUGGACGAUACAGAUAGUGAGGACGAGUUACCCCCCGGAUGGGAAGAGAGAUCCACGAAAGAUGGAUGGGUCUACUAUGCAAGCCACGAUGAGAUGAAGACACAGUGGGAACACCCCAAGACAGGAAAGAAAAAACGUUGUGCUGGAGAUUUACCAUACGGUUGGGAGCAAGAAACGGAUGAAAAAGGACAGAUUAUUUAUGUUGAUCACAUUAACAAGCGGACCACAUACUUCGACCCGCGGCAGGCCUUUACAGUAGAGGAUGUGGUGUUGAAGCCAAAGCGGUAUGAUGGAAACACUGCUGCUCUGGAGAUCUUGCAGGGCCGCGAUUUCUCAGACAAGGUCAUCCUGAUUACCGGAGGCAACUCUGGCAUUGGCUUCGAGACAGCCAGGUCUUUUGCUCUUCAUGGCGCCCAUGUGAUCCUGGCGUGUCGAAACCUGUCUCGGGCCAGCAAGGCAGCCAGCCUCAUUCAGCAGGAGUGGCACAAAGCAAGGGUGGAAGCCAUGAUGUGCGACCUGGCCUCGCUCCGCAGUGUCAGGGAGUUUGCUGAUUCUUACAAGGCCAAGAAACUGCCCCUUCACAUUCUGGUGUGUAAUGCAGGCGUGUGCACUCAGCCCUGGAGCCUCACGGAGGACGGCCUGGAGUCCACCUUCCAGAGCUGCCAUCUAGGCCACUUCCUGCUCGUCCAGUGCCUACAGGAAGUGCUGCGUCGCUCUGCCCCCGCUCGUGUUGUGGUGGUAUCUUCUGAGUCCCACAGGUUCACAGACCUGAUAGACUCCUGUGCUAAAGUGGACCUGGCCCUGCUGUCGCCCCAAAAGAAAGACUACUGGUCCAUGCUGGCUUACAAUCGCUCCAAACUCUGCAACAUCCUCUUCAGCAACGAGCUCCACCGCCGCCUCUCCCCUCACGGUGUCACAUCCAACGCGGUGCAUCCUGGGAACAUGAUGUACACCUCCAUCCACAGAAGCUGGUGGCUGAUGACCUUUAUCUUCUCUCUGGUUAGACCCUUCACCAAGUCUAUGCAACAAGGGGCGGCCACCACGGUGUAUUGUGCCGUGGCUCCGGAGCUGGAGGGCUUGGGCGGCAUGUACUUCAACAACUGCUUCCGCUGCCUGCCGUCCAGCCAGGCCGAGGACCAGAGCAGCGCCGCCAGCCUGUGGGAGCUGAGCGAGCGCCUGGUGGCAGACGGGUCAGCAGGCAUACAGGCCCUCUGAUGGACAGAGGGGAGGGGGGGAGGAGAAAGAGGAGGUGGAGGACUAGACAAAUAAUCUCAAAGAGGAAGGAUGGUGGGUUACGGUCAUGUCCAGUUAGGUAUGAACUGAAUAAAAGGUAACUGUAUUCUGACUGCACAAUACAAGAGAGCUGCCACAGCACAGAAGUCCAUCUGGAUAUGUCACGUCACUACGGGGGCUAAAACACAUUACAUAUACAGUACAGAAGGGGGUCUCAUAUACAAUCUACUGAAUAAAUUAAAGUUGUGUUCAGCUCUGCUGUGAUAGUUUACAAUGGGAGGUGGGGGGUGGGAGUAGAUUUAGGACAAAUUCAGGGAUGUGUUAUAGUUGUGUUUUCUUUUCUUGAUUAUUUUUCAUUUAUAAAUUGUCUUUUUAAAAGUUCAUAAAAGCUACUGACCUGUCUUGCUAAGAAUACAGGGUUACCUAAUAAGCAUACACUCCAUGGCAUAUGCAUCGGUUUGCUGCAGUAGUGCACUGAAUGGCGAAUAUUGUGUCUUCCCAAUUAAAUUCAGUCUCUAGUUCUACGAAGAUGUUUCCUUUUGAAAUGCAGAGAUCGUUGGUUAAUCAUUGUGCUAAAUCUUUUUGGGCAUAGAAGAAAAAAGGAGUAAUGGGCAUGUGACACUCAUGAAUAUAUAAACACACUAGAGGUAUGAUUCUUAUGACUAUAUACAUUAUUCUGCAAUAAUUGUAUUUCUUAUCAAUGUCCCUAUUCACUUUCUGUACAAUAUUUACAAUAUCUUAAUUCUGGGCAUGUGCUAAAGGGGUGUGGGCAUAAUCGUUUGUUCUUUUAUUUAAUCUAUACUCUGGUAAAUCUAAAUGAUAAUUUGGAGGUAUUUGUGGGAUGAUCCAUGUCCGCUUGAGUAUGAGGAAAAUCUUUUUUUCCAGAGUCCAGGACCUUGAAUUUCUGUGUUUCUUCCCCUGUUGUUUGAGUAGAUGAAUGUGAGGGAUUUCCAUCUCCUGUCAUUAUUUAUCAUCAAUGUUUUAACAUUGAAUCUGGCUUCGGGGUUUGCUGUGGAUUGGUCGCCUUGAAGCCACUGUUGGGUCGCUUUUGAGACAUUGUGCUUUAUGGCAGUCUGGGUGUUGAGGUUGCUCUUGAAACAUCAGCAUUCCAGUGUCAUGACAUCUGUAAGAAAAAACAAAAAGGGAAAAAAACAAUUAAUAAAAAUCUGUUUAACAGUAA